GGGCUUCUUCUGCGCGUCGCCGGGUGUGUGGCCGAGCCUGGCGAGCCGCGGCACCUUGUGCCGAGCAGUCAUCGCCACAGCCCGAGGCCGGGUCCCGAGGCAGGGACGACAAGGGGAGGCGACGGCGGCGGCGGCGGGAGCCCCACCGGGGGUCUGGGACUGGGAACUGCCACCGGCUUCGCGAUGCCAGGAUGGACAGAGUAGCCUAUGAUGCUCAUCCCCACCCAUCACUUCCGAGACAUUGAGCGGAAAGCGGAGUACCUCCAGCCGGAGAAGUGCAUGCCGCCGCCCUACCCACGGCCUGGGGGAGCCAUGUGGUUUAUCCGAGACGGCUGUGGCAUCGCCUGUGCCAUCGUCACCUGGUUUCUGGUCCUCUUUGCGGAGUUUGUGGUCCUCUUUGUCAUGCUGGUCCCAACCCGAGACUACGUGUACAGCAUCAUCAACGGAAUUGUGUUCAACCUGCUGGCCUUUUUGGCCCUGGCCUCACACUGCAGGGCGAUGCUCACGGACCCCGGAGCGGUGCCCAAGGGAAAUGCCACGAAGGAGUUCAUCGAGAGCUUGCAGCUGAAGCCCGGGCAGGUGGUGUACAAGUGUCCCAAGUGCUGCAGCAUCAAACCUGACCGCGCGCACCACUGCAGUGUUUGCAAGCGGUGCAUCCGCAAGAUGGACCACCACUGUCCAUGGGUCAACAACUGCGUGGGCGAGAACAACCAGAAGUACUUCGUCCUGUUUACAAUGUACAUAGCGCUCAUAUCCCUGCACGCCCUCAUCAUGGUGGGAUUCCACUUCCUGCACUGCUUCGAAGAAGACUGGACGAAGUGCAGCUCCUUCUCCCCGCCCACCACGGUGAUCCUUCUCAUCCUGCUGUGCUUCGAGGCGCUGCUUUUCCUCAUCUUCACCUCGGUGAUGUUUGGGACACAGGUGCACUCCAUCUGCACGGAUGAGACGGGCAUCGAGCGCCUGCAGCGCAAGGACCAGCCCCGGCAGCAGGCAUGCAGCUGGCAGCCGGUGAAGGAGACCUUCGGUGGAGACUUCUCCCUCAACUGGUGCAACCCCUUUUCCAAGCAGCCAGAGAUCCCCCUGGACAAGGACUUAGUACGGCAGGCCUCACAGUCAGAUGCAGAUAACGUGGAGGCCACUGGGGAGCCGCCGCCGGAGACCAGGAAGGAGGACUAUGUGGAGCCCAGUGCAGGACUGACAGCAGACACAGCUGCGACUUCUCCGAGUUCAUGCGACACCAGGGCUCAGAAAAGACAGCCACACAGCCUCACCAGCAGGGGACCCGCACCCCAAGGCCCAGGCUUCCUGGGGACACCAGCUCCCCUGGGGCCAUAGCCUCUGCUGGGCAUGAAAUAGGAGACCAGGCUGCACCCUGGCCCAUGGCCUGCCACACCACCCUUCAGGGGAGAGGGCCCCGCACCCACAGGCACAUACACUCACACUCAUACCACACGGUCACACACACAGGCAGGAAUCACCACAGCCCUGGACCCCAGGUCCUCCCCGAGGUAGCUGGAGCAGCCUGCAGCUGGCCACAGCCCCCACCACAGGGGACCCUGGAGGAUCUCAUCCAGGACCCCAGAUGCUGCCUCCCUCUGAGGGGCCAGCUGAGUGGGACCCACUGCAGGUCACCUGGUUCCCUGAGAGGGGUCAUGCACCCCAGAAAGAAGGGAAAACGGCCCUGCCCUGCACACAGCUGGAGCCAGGGGACAGGCCCUGGCUGCUGGAACCCCUCUCUGGCCUGUGUGCAGGGGUUCAGGUCCUGUGAUCUCCUGUGAUCUCUGUCCUGUGCCUCUGAGCCACUGCUAUGGCUGCCUUAGGCCCCUCUCUGCAUAAUUACUGUAGGGGACCCACUCCAUGCUCAGCGCCCCUGUCCAGCCCAUGUCCCCAGCAGGGGCUGGGGCAGGCCUGGAGGAGCUGGACCUCUGCGUCCAGGCCCCUCCCUACUCCAGGAGAAAGUGUGGGUCACUGCCUGGGACAUCACCUCAGGACCUCGAGAAAGGAAGGCGAUGGUGACCUUCAGAGGGUUCAGACCUCAUUCCGAGCCUCCCAGAAGCUCCCUGGCAGUGGUAAGCUCUCUGAGCUCCUCUGUCCCCUGGCGGCCCCCCAGAUCUGUGGUUACUUGCCCCCUGGCAAGGGCUACCCCUUCCUAACCCUGGCCCAGAGCAUGCCUGCUCUGCCUGUGACAGGGUGGGGGCUCUGUCCUCCCAAUCCACAGCACCUGAGUGUCCGUGAGCCCUUCGAGGAGCCGAGCUGGCUCCCGCCCAGCUUGGCAGCUAUGGGAAAGGUGUCUACUGGCUGUGGUGUCCUCAGUGCCCCUCACCCAGCAGCCCUGCAUGACUGGAUGCCAGCUGUGCCCUGAAAAGACCGCACACUGGGGAGAAGCAGUCCUUGGUGCCCAGAGAGGGCAGGGGUCCUGGUCACUGUCACUGGCGUCAACUCUGUGGGGAGUGCGGGCCAGGAUCGGAGGCCUGCACACAACCCUGGGUCCUGGGAAAUGUGCAGGACAGGGCUGCGUGGGCCAGCUGCAUUUCCACAGAAGUCACUCUGGAAAAGGAGACUAGGAAGAUGAUGCCCCCUCCCCAAGGUCACAGGGGAGUCCCCUGACUCAAGUCUCAUGCUCCCACUCGGGGGACACCGUGGCCUCCUUCCGCAGUGGCAGCUGCCACAUAACAUUCCACUGAGCCUCGCCUCUUUCCCGAAUAAAGAGAGCUACCUGCCUCUGCA